GGCUUUAUGCAAUCAUUUCCCACACCCAUUACGAAGUUAACCGUGAAUAUUUCCGUCCUUCGAUCUCAGUCUUGGGUCAAGGGGCAAGAGUCGGAGUUUCCUACGCCCUACAGCCCUUUGUAGGCGAUCUUCAAGUUGCGGCAUCGUCGGAAAGCUUCCCGAGGGUUGUGUCUGUGGGCCAUCUCCCAAUGUCCACAAUAGCUGAUUCAACAGUCCAAUGGGUUCAAACAAACACCUGCGCGCCUUUGCAACGAUUAGUAUUGAACGAUGGUACGUGUUGUACGAGGUGGCGAUUGGACCCAGAACUCUGGAAUUUUCACUGGCCAUUCCGGUCUGAGUGUAUUCAUUUAAACCCGAGCUUUCUCGAGAUCUGGUGGGCGCAGGCCCAUCAUUUGUUAGCAGCACACUCCCCUUUCAAGUCCUUGGCGGAGUUUGAACUCCUGCGCGAAUGUUAUUUCACUCUUGACUGCCGGCCAUACCUCCCAGUCGCGCCAUGGGAUCAGGACUUUGCCUACUGCCUUCAAAACACGUUUAUGGCUGACGUUCCGCCGUUCAAUGACAGCCCAGUGUACAUCUUCUUACAAGAUCUCGUCGUUUCCCCAGCAAAACAUCAGCUCUGCUUUCCCGGGAUGUUCUGGGCAUGGGAUCCCGAAGGCGAUCAGCGCUUGAGCGAUGAAGAAGUGGACAUGCACUUCGCUCAAUUUGGCUCCACACUCCAGGAUCUUACACUGAAGGCCUACUGCCAAUAUUCCGCCAAGUGGAAGCAGUACCAUUAUGAUCUCAUCCGUGAAGUACACCAACGCCUCGGGUUCAAUCCAGACACUCGCGAGGUCGCUGAAUUCAUGGGAUAUCCACCCAUCGAGAUCGAUACUGAGGCACUAGCCGCUCUGAAUUUUUCUAGAGUAGUUGAAGUUUCCGAUGACUUCUCGUCUUCGUCUACUGUCAACCCUACGCUUAGUUAUGCUGAAUCGAUAUCUAUGGUCGAUGACGACGCGGAACUAGCUCAUAUGGAAUCGGCCGCGGAAUCGCCUUCUUCGACAUUGCCUUCGGAGCCUCAUCCAGAAAUCUCAAACGAACCCGACCAUAACUCUUCAGUCGUCUCUGCUCGUACGAUAUCUCCUCCUCAGGCCCCGGCAGGAACACGUCCAGUGGAAGCACUGCUUGUUAUACCGUAUCCCACGCCUGCGGUGACAAGUGCAAUCACCUUCAUUCUUGGAGUGGCCCUCGCCCUACUCGUCUCCUUCUACCUUCAAGGAGGGCGAGGUCAUGAUUAG